AUGUCUACUAGAUAUUCUAUUGACUCUGCAUAUGCUUCUAAGAUGGAUGACACUGAUACCGUCAACUCUCGUGGUGCUCAUGUGCGAAAGGCCAGAGGUUGGACCGAUGGCGUUCAAACCAGAUCUGGAACCGCUUCCGCCUCAACGUCCCCUUCACCUAGUGGCAGUACAACAGAUAUCGACCUUGAUCUUGAUUCCCUUUUCAAGCGACUGGAUAAGUAUACCGCCGAGAUGGAGGAGGUAGAAGCGCGGCUGAAACGAAACCGGAGUGCUUCGGACGACUCUGCUCAGCUGAAUAUUAAACGAUUUUCUUUCGAGAUCGACCAACCGCCCAGUGAUGAUGGUAUAGCCAAUAAUCCGGAAAUAUUACCGAGGCCUGAGUCGCCUCAGGCAGAUGGUCAUUGCCACGGCAGAUUCGAAGGUCGCAGAGGCACACACGAGAAACAGAAAGAUGAGGAACUCUUGAGUGAUUGGGCGGAAGACGUUGACGAGCCCUUCCUGAUCAUUCAAAGUAAUGCGAGAUCAUACCCGGAGGGAUUACUCGCCACUCGAACCGACAAGGAUCAACGAUCUGGAGACAAGGAGAAGGUGGUGGUACCACACCGAGUUGUUGAGAGGGAGAGUGAUUUGUACAUUCCAAUCCAGACCAAUACUCCCGCGCGGGCUGAAUGUCUUCCAAAAGAAGUAGUAACAAAAUCACCAAAGACGCCUUGUUCCACGACUUUGACGACAACUUCUCCAUACGCAGAAGACAGGCCUACAUGCCCAGGCUUUCAGAAAGGGGCAACGAGAACAGUGCAAGACCAGAACGGGUUUGUCAGACCGCAAGAUCACGGAUCAAGCAGCACUCCCAACGAGCUUCUGUGCUCAGACAUGGGUGAACCGUGCCGGGAGACCCCAGUCGAGUAUACUUUCCCACCGCGAACCUCGAGCAAAACGUUUUCAAAUGGGGAUAAAGUAGAGCGACCUGUGGAAUCUCCUCCAAAACCAUUCCAACGACGGACGACAGCCGAUCACAGGCAAUCGGUCAGACAUGCCGGAUUCUGGAGCGCUCCACCCUUGCUUCUCCUUGAACAAGACCCUAUACCGUCGCUUCCAUCACUGUCACUUUCGAGCUCUUCCGAGCCUGCCGACACGAGUCGUCCAUUGACCCCUCUCACGCUCUGCUCACCACGCGAAGACCAAAUUCGACGGGAGCUUGAGACUUUCGCACUGCACGAAGGGGCAGAGACCCUGGACUUGAAAUACAAGAGGCAACGACCAUCUCGACUCGAUCUGGUGAGCAGCGACGAGGAUCUGCUGGACGUCGAUGACGAGGAUGUGUCGACAACACAUGAGGCUGGAAAGAAAGAUCGAGGGACCUCUGAGCCCGGCAGACCUCGUCCACGGCGGUCAAAGAGCAUCAUGAGCAUUUUCCAGCGCAGAUCACCAAUCGAGAAGGUCAUCGAUCUCUAUCUCGAUGACGACCCGGAUGAAAAGCCUAACCGACCACAAUCAAUCUGGACGACAAUUUCGAGGAGAGGCUCUCCCACCACCGCAAACAUGCCUCAAAGCCCUCGCGUGCCUCCUUUGCCUGCCAGUAGUCCGGGAUUUCCGACAAAUAUGGGUUGA